UAAAAAUAUUCAAAGAUAUUACACACAUGUGUAAUAUCUUUGAAAAUAUUGAUAUGGGUGAAUGUUUAAUUAAUAAUGAAGAAAUUCAGAAGUAUGAUGAUGGGUCGCUAGAAAAUAAAUUAGAAAUUAUAAAAGUUGUUGAACAAUUUAUCGAUGAAGACGGAGUUCAUGAAAGAGAAGAAUAUAUAAUCAAGAACGAACAAAACAAUUCAAAAAGCUCCUCUAGAGCAAUUAAUGAAAAUCAUUUAUCACCUGCAAAGGAGGAGAAAGAAAAUGUAAAAUCUCUACAUUCGAAUGUCAAGAAUCACAAGUGUCACAUGUGUGAUUUCCAGACCAAUUAUAAAAAGAACCUUACCCCACAUAUCAAAUCUGCUCAUUUGAAUAUUAAGAAAUUCAAGUGUGACUUAUGCGAGUAUGCGGCGAGUGUGGAAAAGUACCUUGAUGCACAUAUAAAAUCUGUUCAUUACCAAAUUAAAGAGCACAUAUGUCAGCUCUGUGAAUAUAUGACAAGUAGAAAAGAUAGCCUUGAAAAGCAUGUCGACCUAGUUCAUCUCAAUGUGAAGAAAUUCAUGUGUGACCUCUGUGAUUAUGCUGCUGGUCGGAAAGUGGACUUCGAUUUACACGUUAAAUCUGUUCAUUUGAAAAUUAAGGAUCUCAAGUGUCCCCAUUGUAACUAUGUUACAAAUAGAAAAGACAGUCUCCAAAAGCAUAUCAACUGUGUUCAUUUAAAAAUCAAGAAACACAGGUGUCAUAUGUGUGAAUAUGCUGCCUAUGAAAAAAAGACCAUUGAAAAUCAUGUGAAAUCCUUUCAUUUCAAAAUUAACGAACAGAAGUGUCAUCUAUGCGUGUAUGUUACAAGCAGAAAAGACAGCCUUCGGAAGCAUGUCGACCGUGUUCAUUUCAAUAUCAAGGAACACAAAUGUCAUCUCUGCGAUUAUGCCGCCAGUAAGAAGAGUGCCCUUAAAGUGCAUGUGGAAUAUGUUCAUUUGAAAACCGAGCAACAUUACUGUCACCUUUGCGAGUAUGUCGGAAGUAGAAAAAAAUACCUUCAAGAUCAUAUUAACGCUGUUCAUUUUGGAACGAAGAAAAACAAGUGUCACUUAUGCGAAUAUGCAGCGAUUAAAAAAAGAGACAUCGAGGCACACGUAAAGUCUGUUCAUUUGAAAAUUAAGGAUAACAGGUGUCACUUAUGUGAAUUUGCCUCGAGUAAGAAAAUUAACCUUAAAAUGCACAUAAAAUCUGUUCAUUUGAAAAUUAAAGAUCACAAGUGCCAUCUAUGUGAUUAUGCUGGGCGGGAUAAAAAAUACCUCGAAACACAUGUGAGAUCUGUUCAUCUGAAAAUAAAAGAUUACGAGUGUCACUUGUGUGAUUAUGCUGCGAGUGAGAAAAUGAGACUUAAAAUGCACAUAAAAUCUGUUCAUUUGAAAAUUAAAGAUAACAAGUGUCAUCUAUGUGAUUAUAAUACAAGUAGUAAAUCUUUACUCAAUAGGCAUAUAAACACUGUUCAUUUAAAUAUCAAGAAAUACAAAUAUGAUCUAUGUGAAUGUGUUGUAACUAAGAAAAAAACCCUUGAACUACAUUUAAAAUCUGAUCAUUUGAAAAUCGAGUAAUACAAAAGUGUCAUCUAUGUAUGUGAGUAUAAUAUACCAGGUGAUUCCCCGAAGAUAAUCUUUUAUGUAAAACUACUUGCUUAAUUCGUGCUGAAAAUUUGCAUGUUGGGGUUUUCAAUAAUGAAAUUUUUGCUGUUUUGACCGAAAAUGUACAGGGUGUGCACGAGGAGAUCAUCAAGUUGGACAAAUGAAAUUCAUCAAAA